GCCCACUUUCCCUCCAGAACGUUCACGUGUUGGCGUCGACCGUCGUCUUUAAGGUUGUCGGCAGCCUUCAGGAAUAGUUCUCCAGGCUUCUUGAAAGAAACUCCUUUGGAUGUUGGCUGCCAUUUCUAUCCUUCCCACAUGUUGAUGUUCAGGCUCUGGGGAGAGCAAUCCCUGACUGAUGGUGUUUCAUUGUGUGUCCGAUCCAGAAAUUGGUGAAAGCUUGCAGGAUGUAUCCAACUGGUGGAUCAUUUCGAGGCUCCAGAGGAGCUCGUUUUUCACAAAUCCCCAAGAAGAAUAUGCAACCAACAUCAGCACCGACCCCAUCGUCAUCUACUGUGAACGGUGACUUUGACAAGCGAGUGAAAAGCACAUUUAAACCUGGUCCUGAUGCAAGACCAAAAGUCUCUCCUAAAACACUGAUUGACAGAUACAUGCGUAAGGAGACAAAUGCUAUCUCUUUGCUCCAUCAGCUCGCCCAGACUUUGCAGUUCCAUCUGGAAAUGAAGGAGACGGUAACCCCAGCCAAUGUUACAGGGCUUUAUUUUGCCUUCUGUGCUGUGAUCGAUGGAGUGGAGUAUAAGACUGGUAUAGGAACAGCAAAGAAGGAGGCUCGUCUGAAUGCAGCGCAGCUCGCCUUGCAGGAUCUGCUGCCCACCCUGGAAAGUCUGAAGUCUGGACUUCCCGAAGCAUCAGCCUUGGAUGGACCUCCACCCUUGCCAGUAAAAGAGGAGCCCUCCAUUCCUGAUGUUCAUCCCUGUAGAGCCAUGCUCGAAAGGAAGAAGUCUGUCAACCUCCAGAUUCCACAUGCUGUCAGGGAUCAGCUGACCAAACUGAUGAACAGUCACCCGGAGUACUCCAGCUGUGCCGGCACCACAGCAGCAUUCAUUCUUCAGACUUCCAGUGGAUAUGAAGUGGUUGCUCUUGGGACCGGUAACUUUAAUACGAAAGAGAGCGUUUCAUCAAACGGGAGGAUUUUGCACGAUUCGCAUGCAGUUGUCACAGCAAGAAGAUCUCUCAUGAGGUUCCUGUACCGGCACCUGCUGAUGUAUUUUAGCAAAAAUGCAAAUCUGACCGAGAAGUCGAUCUUCCAGCAGAACAGCAGCAGCAGCAGCAGCCUCCUCAGCUUGAAGAGCGGUGUAACCCUUCACCUUUAUGUGAACCAACUGCCAAAGGGUGCUGCUCAGGUCCUUCCCAAACUGCGCCUGAACCCACUCUCCAUGUUAGCAUGGCAAGUCAACAAUGAGAUCAGCCUACACCUGUCUGUGGAGGGCAAGGUGUUCUCCGUUUUCUCGUCAACCCAUGAUCACUGCACCUCUAAGAUGGUCAGCAUGUCCACCACAGACAAGCUCACUCAGUGGCAGGUGCUUGGAUACCAGGGAGCCUUGCUUAGCCACUUUAUUGAGCCCGUCUAUGUCCAAAGCAUCCUCAUAGGUGACUCUGACUGUAGUGAAAUUUGUAGCAUGGAGCGGUCUGUGAGCCAGCGUGUGGAGGGGAUCACCUCUGAGCUGCCCAUGUUCUACUGCAUGAUGAGGCCUCACAUCAGCCUGGUGCCGUCUGUGGCCUCCAGCCGUGCAGACGGUAACCAGCUGACCUACAGUGUCAACUGGAGCGAGGGAGACAGCUCGCUGGAGGUCGUGGAUGGUCUGGAGGGCAAGACCAUAGAAGACUCUCCCUUUAAGAGUGGCUGUUCCCUGGCAAGCCGUCUGUGCAAAGUAGCAAUGCUGCACCGUUUCAGGUUGGUGGCCAAAGAAGCUCAGAGGGCAGACCUGCUGGCCACAACUUCCUACAGAGGAGCCAAAAUGAUGGCAAAGUCAUACCAGGAGGCCAAGAACAUUCUGCGGGCGUACCUGCACCAGCAGGGCUUUGGGUCCUGGGUGGACAAGGCUUUGGUUAGUGAUAACUUCACAUGUGAAUAAAGUUACAAUGUUACAGAAGGCUGUUAGUCGAUAAGCAGCGUUGUUCAAAACGUAAAACCAGCUUUUCAUGUUCCAGAUUGAGUUCAGAAUUUGUUCAAAAGAGGAAUACAAAUAAAAAUGUGAUGGAGCCUCACAGCAAGUCUUUAGUUCUGCUUCAUUCAGUUAAACAUGCGUACUGUAAAGUAAGUACAUUAUUCCUCUAUAGUGUUUGUAUUGCUUAAGAUAUUGGCUAGUUCUGCGUUUAUGAUUCUAAGAGUUUGGAAGUACAAUAAGAAAGUUUAAAUUGUAGCUUCAUCGAUCAGUUUUUUUUGGGUCUAGUUAUUGUUUUUUUUUUUUUCACACUUCUUGUAAAAAAAUAAAGCUUUGUUAGUGUUCAGUGAUAGUGGCAUAAUAUUUAUUAUGGUAAUUCCUAUAUGUGACAA